AUGGAUCCUGGUAAUGAUUUAAUCCAUGAAUGGCUUGCGAAUGUUACGAAUGAUUUGAAUUUCCCGCAAGAUUUGCUUGUUCAAAACACAAAAUUCAACGAACAACAAACCUCCGGCCCUCGCCGCAUAGACGACAGAGUCGCACUCGACGCACCCGGCCUCGUUGAAGACUUCACGAUCGCUGCGAAGAUUUAUCAAGCUACGACCAAGGACCCCGGCCAUGGCACUACUGCGGUUGACGACAGAAGGACACAAGAAGGGCUCAUGGGGGUUGAGGAAGGCCUAGAUCUACUACCGAAGGGCAAAAAACGCAAGAGAGAAGACACCUUCCAGCGCAGACCUCGCCACAAGACACGAGAGGAUUUCUAUGAGUAUAAGGGCUCUACUGUUGGAAAUCAGCAGCAGUCGUCUUCGAAAUUCCGCACAAGAAAGCGGAAACGGCCAAGUAGGUGGCAUAACAUGAAUGAUGAAUUCCACGCAUCGAAUGUUGCUCGGGAAAGAUUGACCCUGCGCAGCAAUAUGAAUGUGGGGAUAUUCAACAAGGGGAAGGCUUCAAGUCCGGUCAUACUACGAGAUGGCAAAUUAUCUGGUUCCGGGGGUUUGGCAAAUGAGCUUUCUAUGAAUCAAGGAGUGCCUGUGACAAGACACAUCCAUAUGCCGACGGUUAACGAUGCAGACAGAAAAACAGUGAAACGAAGGAAGAAAGGUCACAUUCGACAGGAGAAGAGUCAGAAAUAUACAUUUGCAGAGCCCCUUAAGGAAGUCGAGGUGGAAACCGUUCUGCCCCCAAAGGAAAAUGAUCCAGAAUCCAGGGCGAGAGAGACGUCGAACGAUGCAUACAAAGCAAUGCCGUCUUCCCGAAUUGGAGUCGAAUUACUAGCCCCGGCUACCUGCAAAAACCCAAAAGACACACUCCCACAAUCGAAGCGACAGGUGCAAGAUCCCGUCGACGAUGCCCAAUCAUCAAUCCCCUACACAUGGUCUGAUACACACCAUGACAAAUCGGAAACCGGUCAUGAAUUGGAAGUGCUGCUUUUAAAGGGUCUCCUAUCAACUGAGAUCGCUGAUUGCUCUGUCGAACGAGUUCCGGCCACACCUUAUUGUGAUCUUGACGAGCUGCAAAAGUUGUUGCGAGAGCGCAAGUCAUUUUGGCAAUGUGAAACAAACCAGAAUUUUCAAGUUGAUGAUCAAUUGCUAAAAGAAAUACCCCAAAGGAUUGGAAACAGACGUUUUACGGAGACCCAAAGAAGUCCAGAAGAAGGAACUGCUCCCAACUACUCGACAGAUCUGAAACCACAUCCCGUUGGGCACGUAAAAUCCUUCCACGUCUCAGACGGCGCCGUGGAGAAUACAGCGGAAUUUAUUCAGACAGUUCAUGACCAAAGAGACACCUCGUCCUUUCCAGAGUCUACCAAACGGUUUAUGCAGCAUGGGUUGGAGCCUGACGUGAGCCUAGGAAAUAGGCAUGAAUAUACUGCUUCCGCCUCCAUAGAUGCCGACCUUCUGGUGGAAAUAAGCCACGACAUGGAAAAUUAUCCGCUCGCGUUUCAAGAUGAUGACGCCUGGAAGGAGUUCGAGUGGACUACUGAAGAUUUGCUUGCUGCAUUUCCCGUGAACGAGCCACCUGGAGCCGUGUCGGCUGAACACGCUCUACUACUAGGCGAGAGGGACCGUGGGGGCGCUGAAGGGCAAUCCAAAAUGUGCGAGAAAGCUGAGAAUCUGGAAUUUCUACCUCAACUUCUAGGGGAGGAUGUAUUCAGUCUCCUAUCAAUUCCGAGACAUUCCGACGUACAAUCAGCGGCCACCCAUGGUCCGGCUCCCAACACCCUUCCGCCUGGAUUCUGGCGCCAGAAUAGGUUGUAUUGA